UUUUUUAAUGCAUAAAAAUUAAGCUAAAAUGUAAAUUAGCACAGGUUCGAACUUCCAACGAAUCAAUCCUUAUCUUAAAUCAGACGGCAAAUAACUUCCAGCCACUCUCAGGUACUAACUACAAACCAGGGCCAUUUCAUUUAUCAAAAUAAAAACCACAAAACCAAAACCACUCUUCUUCACACCUCUCUCUCUCUGUCUGUCUUUCAAUCUGCGAAUUGCUUGGGAAAAUAAUCCAAUUGCAAUGGCGACAAGGAUAGCUACAAGAUUUGUGUCUCGAAGGUUUUCCAGUAGUGGCAAAGUGCUUAGCGAGGAGGAAAAAGCUGCAGAAAAUAUUUACAUUAAGAAAGUCGAGCAAGAGAAAUUGGAGAAGCUUGCACGGAAGGGCCCUAAACCAGAAGAAAAACCUGCCACAAGCUCAGGAGGAUCAGCCACAGAUGCCAAACCAACCAGCUCAUCCUCAGCAUCUGGAGCAUCAACUGAAAAAGUAUCCACUGACAAGUACCGGAACUAUGCAGUUCUAGCUGGUACUAUCACGGUUUUCGCUUCUCUUGGAUGGUACCUUAAAGGUACUGCAAAGAAGCCAGAAGUCCAGGACUGAGGUUACUGUGCUUUGACAUGAACAGUUAAAAAAGAUGAUAAGUAGUUUUCUUUACACUACUGGAUCUUUGGCAAGAGUUUAAUAAAGAUACAUCAACUUCACUGUGCUCCCUCUCUGUAUUUGUUGCAUCAGAUUAUAACUGCGUUUUAUGUGCUUUUAUAAUUCUUGAGUUUGGCACGGGUUCAUGGUGACCCUGUUUCGGAGAAUAUUUACAAUGUGGAGGCACUAUUCAAAUUUUUUUUUUUUUUGGACAGCGCAAUUAUUUUAAUAUUGUCAAUUCUAUGACAUGGGAUGGCAGGUGAUGGUUAUCAUUGUUAUUAGCAGAUGAGAAUGAAAUACAAGCUUCAGCGAAA